AAGAUGACCAGGUGUCUUGUUCUGGGACUGGCAGUGACAUGCAUCAUUGCCUUAGUCACUAGCACCCCAGCACAAUUCGAUGAAAUGAUUAAAGUGACCACCAUCAUUUAUGGCCUAGCUAACUUCACUGAUUAUGGCUGCCACUGUGGAGCCAACACUGGAGGAAGACCCGUGGAUGCCAUUGACUGGUGCUGCCAUGAACAGGCCUGCUGCCACAACGAGGCUGAAAUGAGAGGAUGCAACCCUCUGACGCAGACAUAUCUCUUCUAUACCGAAGAACAGCAGAAGGUUAAAUGCAUGAAAGCUCGUGAUCGCUGCGAGAAGCUGGUCUGUGAGUGUGACGAAAAGGCUGCAAAUUGUUUCCGGAAGGAGCUGGAGGAUUAUAACGUAUAUUUCCGAAACUUCACAGCCCUUGGAGUGUGCCGAGGACCCAGGCCUUUCUGCUAGUGAAAACACAGACUCCUCCUGACUUGUAGAAAUUAGGGCAUAUAGCUUGCU